UCUGCUACAGUCUGGAAGUGUGUUAGUGUAUCCGGACGCAGUUCAUGCGCCACUUAAAACGAAACGAAACGAAACAAAAAAAACAAUAAAACGCCUGGACAAAAACUUUUUGGCGGAUACGGCUGCUUGUUCCUGGCAUUUCAUAGCAGCAGCAAAACGUUUUUCUCUCUGUUUGUUCACAGUAGCGUAACAGGAUGGCAGCAAUCAAGGCACUGCAGCAAUGGUGCAAAAUUCAGUGUGAUGGCUAUCGAAAUGUGAAUAUCGUCAAUAUGACAACGUCGUUCAGGGACGGACUGGCCUUUUGCGCACUUAUCCACAAGCACAGACCGGACCUCAUAAACUAUGACUCUCUCACUGAGGAAAAUGUUUAUGACAACAACCACUUGGCCUUUCGUGUGGCGGAGGAGCACCUGGGCAUUCCGGCGCUGCUGGACGCCGAGGACAUGGUGGCUCUGAGGGUCCCUGACCGGCUCAGCAUCCUCACCUACGUGUCCCAGUACCACAACUACUUCAACGGCCGUGCCCCCAGUGGGGGUGUGGGAGGCGUCAAGAGACCGGCUGAGGGCUUCAAAGAGGGGCCUUCUGGGAAGAAGAACCUUCCGGUAAUCGCCAAGCCCCUCCCCUGCAAACUGGCAGUUGAGAAUCGCCCGCCCCUGGACACUACAGUCACCGCACCCUCUGGGCGUUCGCCAAAACUACCCCGUACUGCCGACAAGAAGGAAGUUUUGGUGGAGAGCUCCAAUAAGACGGGGACCAUCAGCAGCACCUGUGUGGUCUGUAAGCACCAUGUUCACCUUGUCCAACGCCACCUGGUGGAUGGGAAGCUGUACCACAGGAGCUGCUUCAAGUGCUGCGAGUGCUCCAAAACCCUCCUCUCGGGAGCCUAUAAAGCUGGGCCUGAACCAGGGAUCUACACGUGCGCCGUUCACCCGAGCUCCCAGAACAACAGCAAGAAGACCGGACCCACAGGCAAAACUGACACUGCCCCCUCCCCCCACCCCGUCUCCAUCCUCUCUGCCCCAAUCAGGGCAGAGACCAAGCCCGUCGCCCCGCCUCCCGCGGCCAUGCCCUGGACGGCCUCGGCCCAGAGGACCCAGGCGGCGCGCCAGCGCUUCUUCCUAUCCGCUCCCGCCACGGCGGACCCGGAGAGCAGGGGCCCCAGCAGGGCCCUGGAUGAGCAGAGGCCAGACAGAGCCGGCUUGCUGACGAAAGGGAACCUUCCGGAAGGAAACUGCAACAAUAACAACAUCUCCGCAUGUCCAGGGCUCAGAGUGAACGAUGGCUGGGUCCCUUCUUCUGAGGUCUCCAGACCUAAGAGGGGAACGGACAGGCUUGGAACAGCGGAGGGCAAACCAGCUGAACCUUCGAUGCGUCUCAAAACAGUCUCUAACAAGGAAGCGCUAUGGGUAAAGUCCAUGCAGAGAGAGUCUUUAAACCACAUCUCCUCCCGGGUCAAAGAUGUUGAGAAGUCGGAGACACCUGCGGACUGGAGGGCCAUGCUGAAGCCAGUGCCAAAUGGACAAGGGCUGAACCUGUUGAUCCCUCCCGCCUCGCCCAUUGCUGUAAUGAUUGACUGGCUGAGAGUGCAGCCACUGCCAUUCUCCCCCAUCCUCACAAGUCCCACGGACUCUGAGGGUGAGGACGCCAGCCUUCAUUCAGCAUUGCCUCAGAACAUCACCAUUACCACCACACCGUCACCACAAACUGAGGCCUGCUGCAGUACUCCUCCCAUUAGCCACGGAAAUGCAAAAACCCCUCCUAAGGAGCCUCAAAACGGGUGUGAAAGUUGGGAUUUCACUAAUGGGACCGGUUCACCAGCCCUAGAUGCUUCUACACCUGAAUCAACUCUACCAAAGGGCAGGACCUUAGGUGUCCCUACAGAACAGAUCCAGCUGGAGCUGCAGGAGAUCGAGGAGCACCUGGGCCACCUGGAGAAGCAGGGAGUGGAGAUGGAGAAGCGACUUCGCCACUGCGAGGCGGAAGGAGAAGAGGCUGUAUUGGACUCCUUAAUGGUGGAAUGGUUCAACCUGAUCCAUACCAAGCAGGUUUACAUCCGAAGGGAAUCUGAGCUCGUCUACAUCGCAAAGACCCAGGAUCUGGAGGAGCUGCAGCCGGGAGUGGAGGGGGAGCUGAGGAGACUGAUGGACACUCCCGAGCAUUUGAAGAGCGCAGUGGACCGGCAGAGGGAAGAGCAGCUGAUGGAGAAGCUGAUGGAGAUCGUCAACGACCGGAACGCCAUCGUGGUGGUGCUGGACGAAGACCGGCUGAGGGAGGAAGAGGAAGAUCAACAGCUGCAUGAAAUGAUGGAAAAGCUUGGCAAACCGAAACAGAAGGAGAAAAGCAAGACGAAAUCUCCCAUAAAGAAGUUGUUUCGGCGGAUGAGUAAAAAAGACAGUGUGAAGAAUUGACCGUCAGGGAGUCUGUGCUGGUGGGAAGGUUCGGCUGUAGGCUUUGAGGCCACUUGCUUUUAGUUUGAAUGUGGUUUCACAUCCAGUGGGUUUUUGAACAGGGCCUCUUUAAGCAUUGUGAAGAGGACCACUUGUUUAAGGUGCGUCUGUACUGUACAUGCACAAAUUGCUAACCGGCUAAUUUCAUCCAGUGUAGCUGAGAUUUUGUGAUUUAUAGUGGGUUUUCAGCAAUCAUUUUAAUCGUAUGAUUUAAAACUGUUAAAAUAUUGGUGUCUAACUGGCCUCUGGACUAUUUGAGAAGGUUCUUAUUGCUCAGCAAAAAAAAAAAAAACCCAAAAAAACAAUUGUUUCACCAUUUUAAUGAACAUGGGAGGUGGGUUAUAUGGCAUAGUUCACAAAUUAAUCUAGUUUUGAAAUGGUUUUGUUCAUAACUGGUUCAUAUCUGGAGUAAUGAUUCUUUUAUUUUUUUUCCUGGAUUUACUGACCUGUGUUAAUAGUUUGUGUUGUUUUUUUGUGCUAAUUUUAAGUCCCCGUUCUGAUUAUUCUGUAUUUUUAAAGGUCACUGUUCAACGAUCAAAACAAUAGUUCAAUGGGUGAAUUUUUAUGAAAGUUGUAAUACAAGACACAUUUUUAAAAGUGCAAAAUAGUCCUGAAUAUGAAUUCUUAUAUAUUUAAUGACAGGUGUGUUUUAUUUUGGUACAGGUAUGUGGAACUGUUCAUCAAAUUUCUCAUGCAUUGUGUGAAUUGGGAGUUCCUGUGUCACUUGUAGGGGUUUAUGGUAUCCAGUUGUGUUGGUGUUUUUCAGCCAUUAGGUGGCAGUGUUGAGUUGCAUUAUAACCAAACCCCACAAAAAGCCAUAACCCCGACUAAAUUGGCCGCCUUAAGUUCAUAUAAUUUUGUCUCGAACUCAACCAAUACCCCUAAACUGAGGCUAAUUAAAGCGACUGUAAUUUCAUUAUUUUUGUCCCUUUCAUUAUUUUGUUCAAAAAGAAAUGUUUCUUUUUACCCGUUUUUGCAAUGUGUGAACUUCUGUAAUGCAUUGGAAUUAGAAACUUUUUUUAGAUUGCUGGAGACCAGCUGAAAGAACUGGAGCAUGUGAUUGAUGCCUUUAGAGGAAAGCUUUUUAAGGUGUACUGUAUAAGAAUGAUUAAUGUGGGUGUACAUACAUAUUAUUUAUACCGUAUUUAUAUACAUUUUAAGAGUUUGCAGUCAAAUAAAGCAAUUAAUAUUGUGCAAUUUAA